UGAGCGGCGCCAUGGCCGCCCUGCCCCCGCGCCCGCCGGGCCCCGCCGGUGCCGGCUCGCUGCUGCUGCUGCUGCUGCUGCUGGUGUUCCGGUCCGUGGGGGCUCUGGACAUUUAUACCCCUGGAUCCCUGGAAGCGGUGAACGGGACAGACGCGCGCUUGAAAUGCACCUUCCGCAGCCACUCCCCUGUUGGACAGCGGCUGACAGUGACCUGGAACUUCCAGGCCCAGCCAAAGGGCCCAACAGAGUUUGUUUUCUACUACAACGACCAGCCGUAUCCGCCCAGCUCAGGUCGCUUCUCAGGCAGGGUCACGUGGGAUGGCGACAUCCACAGGAACGAUGCCUCUGUCAUGCUCUGGAACGUGAAUCCCAAUGAUAACGGGACCUUCCAGUGCCACAUCAGGAACCCGCCGGACGUGGACGGCGCUGCCGGGGAGAUCCGGCUGAGUGUCGUGACGAGAGCAAGCUUCUCGGAGAUUCAUAUCUUGGCCCUGUCUGUCGGUGCUGCCUGCCUUCUGAUGAUUGUCAUCGUGGUGGUGGUGGUCACCUGCCGUCACUGGCGGAGGAUGCGGCAAGACAAGGCCCGGGAGGCGGUGGAGAUGGAGAUCAGGUCUUAGGGACCGCCCUGCAGUGCACUCCAAAAGUCCCUGGUUUGGCUGCCGUUGGAAAGCUUCCUGCAAGAGACCUGAGGGAGCCACUGCUGCCUGUCAGUGUAGACAGUGCUGGCCAGAUGGGCCUGGUGCCUGGCUCAGCACGUGGCCGCUGCCUACGCUUCCCCGGCACAUGGGGAAUGUGCGGCACCUUGUUGCCGUGUCCGAUCUGAUUGCACGCAGAGGGCUUGUGAAGGGAGGCUCAGGGCUACCCGUCGCCCGGCCGCCUGACCUGUGCCGGGGCCCUUUCACUUCCCACACAAAGGGCCAGGCUGGCCUGUAUCCAGACAGGGAGAUGCUCCAGGAAGCUGGAGCGAGGAGGAUCCAGGUGCCUGUUCCAGCCCUGAGCAGGCUGCUUCUUUGAAAGGGGCAGCAGCUUCCCAUUUGUGGCCUCCCUGCAGCCAGAAUCGAGCCAUUUCUCUCCAGCGCAAACGUAACUGCACUUCUGUUGCCCUCUCAAGUUCCGGAGGAACUCAACCCUUGAGUCCAGCUGAGUAACCUGCCAAGCCCAGCCCCCUCUGGCUAGGCUGGCUGGAAGUGUGCCAUGUCGCUCUGUCAAAGUCCUUGGUGCUCCAGCCAGGAAACCAACCACCAGAGUACAGAGCAGUUUCCACAUCUGCAGUGCCAGCCGUCCUGGCUGCCUGCCCUCUUCUGCCCAGUCCACCUUCUGCGCUUGCUCUUGCAACAAAUCGGGCGGAGGUGCUUGUUCACUGAGCUUGCUCUGCUGCUGGGCUGUGGCACCCGGGCUGCUGGCAGUCCUGCCACCCCUGUGCAGGCAUGUUUUCCUACGCGCACUGAAAAGUUGCUUUCACUGCCUUUCAUUGGUUUGAAACUCCUGGGUUUCAGAUCCGGUUGAACUCCCUGCAAUAAUUGCAUGAAGGGGAGGGGGUGUGUCAUAACUGUAUUUCACAACUGUAGAGUCUCACUCUU